CAACAAACCAUGGGCACUUCGUUCAGGGGAUGGAUGCCACCCAGCUUGAAUGGGCCAUCCCUAUCUUUGCAUUUGGGGAUGAGGGCACAGCACUUCGGAAAACAAAUGCAAUGGUGCUUGGCUGGGAACCUAUCCUCGGCCAAGGAACUCAGCUGAAUGUGGACGAUGGCGUGCAUGAAGGAGAAGAUUGGCUACAAUUGCUGAACUUCGUGGGCUCUACUUGGCGGACACGUUUGCUCUACGCCUGCAUGCACAGCAAGGUGUACCGCAAAAAGCCAGAUAGGUUGGAAGCCCUGAUGACAGAAUGGGCGGCUGACUUGCACCGCCUUCAGCGUGAAGGGUUGCGUGUGCAAUACGGGGCAGGCGAGGUUACUGUUCGGUUGAUCUGCUUAGGCUUCAAGGGCGACUUGCCUGCCCUGAGGAAGUGUGGGAACCUUACAAGACACUUCCUGCGCGAGACUGUUCCUCAUGGCCCUGGCAUGUGCCACCUAUGCAUGGCAAACACGUCUUGUUGCCCAGCUUGGCACACGUGGGACUGGACCGAGACGCUUGGUGACGAUGUGUUCUUGCCGCCGUUCGCUGCUGGCCAAGAAUCAGCCAUGACUCGGGACAUCCAUGGUGGCCUUGCCAAAGCCCGUUUCUGGCUUCCAGACCCUUUCCACACUUUCCACAAGGGCGUCCACGCGGAGCUUGCUGGGAGCGCUAUAGUUGUGCUGCUUGACUUCAACUACUAUGAAGGAGGCAAAUUCGAGGACAGGCUGCUGCGGGUGCACCACGACUUGGCAGACUUCGCCAAGAACUCCAAGCCGAAGAAUUGGUUCAAAGGUGCUGACACCACAAUAGUUCUGAAGUGGCUGCACUUGAAGUUCUUGGAGGUUUGCAUGGACCACCCAAGCAGCGACUACUUGCAGGAGAUUUGCAAAUGCUUGGAGCGGUCCAAUGCCUUUUUCAGCCUGCUUUACAGAUCGAAGUUGUGGCUGUCAAAGAGGGAGGGCCGAGCUGCAAAGAAUGCUGGUCUUGAGAUGUUGGCGGCCUACAAGCGUUGUGCGGCUUUCGCUCAUGAUCUUGGUGUGCCUAGGUUCAAGUUGCAGCCGAAGCUGCACUUUGCCAUGCACAUUGUCUUGAGUUUGAAGGAGAUGCCAUGUCUCAACGUUCUUGCACACGCAUGUCAGCAGAACGAGGACUUCAUCAACAAGAUCUCUUGGUUGUGCAGAAGAGUGUCACAACAGAAUCUUCACAAGAACGUUCUGUUGCAAUACUUGGUGUCGGUUGCGCAGCACUGGUAA